UUUCUAAAAUUUCUCUUUCUCUCCUUAUUGCUGGAGAGAGAAACAGAGAGAGAGGUGGAGAAAAACCCAAGAGCCUCUUUUUCCCUAUCUCUUCUCUAUGUCAGGCCACAAGCACAACUCCUUCACGUUUUCUUCUUCCUUCUGACCAAUAUCAGAAGGAAACACAAAAAAAGGCAGAACCUUCUAGAAGCCGCCGUUUUCUUUUAUCUCUCUCAGUCACAAGAGGUUUCUUUUUGACGCCAUGGAUUCCUCCUUUAUCUCAAACGGCGACGUUUCUGCUUUCAAAGAUAAGGAGUCAAUGGUUGACCCUUUCUUGGUUGAGGCGCUUCAGAACCCUCGUCAUCGUGUCACCAUUUUGCGAAUGGAGCUGGAUAUCCAAAGGUUCCUGAAUAAUGCCGAUCAGCAGCAUUUUGAAUUUCAGCAUUUCCCUUCUUCAUAUCUCAGACUGGCUGCACAUCGUGUUGCUCAGCACUAUGGCAUGCAAACAAUGGUCCAAGACAAUGGCUUAGAUGGUCAGGGAACCAGGAUUAUGGUCAGAAAGUUAGCUGAAAGCAGGUAUCCUGUGGUCCGCUUGUCUGAAAUACCUGCUAAACAGUUGGAAAAUGAUAAACCUGAGCAGAUAAAAAUUGCCAUUAGGCCUAGGCCAAAUGGAACCAGUUUAAAUGAAUCCAAUGAAGUUGGAAAGAAAAACAAUCUUCUUAGAAGUGUGGAAGAGAGGAAGGAGGAAUACGAUCGGGCACGAGCACGCAUUUUUAGUAGCUCUAGAGGUUGUGAUUCAGAUGAUACUCGGUCCCAGGCUUCAACAGAAGAGAAAAAUUUUCUUAUAGGCAAAGAAGAGAGUGAAACUAGCAAGUCCCCCGUGGUUGAUUCUGAAAAGUGUGCUACCGGUAGAGAUAUUAAUUCUACUCGAGUUGCCAUAUUCAGAGAUAGGGAAAAGGAUCGUAGUGAUCCAGAUUAUGAUCGUAACUAUGGAAGGUAUGCCAGGAGUAUUCCACCUUCUUCCCUUAACUUGAUACCUUUUAAUUUGCAACAAGUUCAACCUCCAUUCACGCAUUAUGACACUGCUUUUAAUCAACUGAGUCAGAUGCCACCAAAUCAAGCUUCGAUUGGCUAUGGACCUCCUUCAAGUCCUAUGAUGAACCCUUUUGGUGUCACGGGAUUGAAUCAGGCAUCUAGUGAUGUUGCUUACCUGCAGUGGCCAAGUGCUUCAAUGAUGUAUGCACAUUCAUAUGACCAAUUCAGACAUGCUAUUUUCCAGGCUCCAUUCGGUCAACGCCCAUUGAGCUUUGAUUAUUCACAAAAUUACUAGAUGACGUUUAGGGGGCAGUUUUCCUUUUGGCUGCACUUAUUUUAGCUGUUGAGUUUCAGAGUUAGAUACAAUUUUUCUGCACUGUUAUAGAACCCAUGUUCCUAUUUUAGGUUUUCCAUUUUUAUGGUAUGUGACAGUUUUAUAUACUGAACUGUAGUGAAAUACUAUUUUUUCAAGUAUAUGAAAAAUUAUAUUUUGUUUACACUA